AUGGUAAAUCGCCGUAUGAAGACCAAUUACGAUACAAUUCAUGGUGAGGACAAUGACCAGGACCACGAUAUUGCUAAGGAAAUCGAACUAGAUGUUGACGAUCAGCAACAUCGAUGUGGUGAGUUUUGUGCGACUUGCUCGUUAUUCUAUAUGCCGGAGGAAAACCAUGUGUGUUAUAUGAAACCCGUGGAAUUUACGGAUAAAGAAAAGGCCAAGCACCAUAACGACAAGCUGGCAUACUUUGACCUGGAAACAUAUCAAGACGAGAGUGGAGAAUUUAAAGUCAACCUAGCGGUGAUCGCGACAAAAAAUGAAAAAUUUAUUCUUCCAGAAAACGGUAAUAUUAACGGCGACAUUUCACAAGAACUUGGCGAUUUCAUUUUCAGUGAGCGUUUCCGUGGCUACACAUUUAUGGCGCACAAUUUGAAGGGAUUUGAUGGAUACUUCAUUUUGAAUUAUCUCGUGAAAAACGGCGUUAUUCCACGUCCGCUUAUUUUCAACGGGAGCAAGGUUAUGCAGAUGGACGUGCCCAAACUCAAAAUAAAAUUUCGUGACUCUAUGAACUAUGUACCAUCAUCGUUAAAAAUUUUGCGAAAGCAUUUGGUUUGCAAGAAACCAAAGGAGAUUUCCACACAAACUUAA